ACACAUCCUAGACAAGAAGCUGGAGUGGUGAAGCAGUCUUCUAGACACCUGCUUGCGGGUGAUAGAAAUUUAUUGUCAGGUAAACAUCGAGAUCAACCACGACCACUACUAGCAGGACGUCGAGCUGGUAGAUGAACAACUAGAAGCUUUCAUAUUUUAGUCAUCAGCUAUCGUUGUAGUCAUCAUCAACAUCUAUGAUCUAUUGUUGUAGUAGUGCGAUUGUCAACAAAUCUUCUCUGUUGUAUUUUUAGUCACGCAGCAUCUCCAUCAUGAUGUAGUGCGAAGGUACUGUCAACAUUUAUUCAUCAACAUUUAUUCACGCAAGAACAACGCCUUCAGAAGUCUUCAUAACAUCUUUUUCAUGAACAACACAGACAAGCGCUUUCUUCACACAUCAAGUACACACUUCGACUUCUAACAGGGUACACGCGACCUACAGCAUCACUCUUGUCAUGGAUAGUUCCUAUUCGGAUACACGAGGCGGUAGGGUCGCGCGCGAACAGAAUAAUAAUAAUAAUACACGACCUAGGUUAUACUUGUCAUAGAAGAGGAGGCUCGUUGAGGAAUAUAUUAAUCUACGAGUACUACCUCCGAAUCCUAAGAAGUUUUCAAUUCCAUUUCAAACGAGGGCAUAUUAUUUUCAGGUGAGACAAUAACUCAUACACGCGAGAACUACAUCCGAUUGCGAUCAGGCGGAGAAAAUGUCACAACAUCUUGAUUUUGUCUACUGUAUAGCCUGGAGGUGAUUAUAGAUUGUAUAGUAGUUUGAUGUAGUCCACUGAUGUAUCAUUUGAAUAUUUUGUUUUUGCAGCUCCUCUUGAUCAUAAUUCGACAUUUGCAGCACAGAAGAUUUUGGGCCUAAAACCAAAAGGCCUCGACAUCUUGUGCCUCAAAUUUAUUUUUUCUGAAAUUCAAUCACUGACACUCUCUCUUCAAAUUCAAUGAGUGUCAACAUUAUGAGCAUCAUAUGCAUGGACGAUGGCAGAAUUUUCUGGCAUUAUUAGUUGUCUCGUUUCUUUUUGUAACAUUCAGACUGUAUAGAACGAAGCUCAUCUAUCAAGAAUACGGGUCUUGUACGAAGAUUAUUGCGGUGUUGUAUAAUACAAAUACGACAUAGACAUUGAUCGCCAGCACGAGAAAGAUGACCAUAGUGAUAAUAUGAACUGGAUGAGAAGAUCAUAUUUUAGCCAAGGGAAGAACAUGCACAACAUGCAUGAAGAUACCAGCACAGGAUAGAAAAUACAAUACGGGCAUCUGCAUAGAGAUACUUCUUACUACAUAAAACGAAAAACAUGACAAAGCACACAGCUCCCAUAUCCCCAAAAAAUUGGUACUAAAGAUAAUGAAAGUUAGGAAGGCCGGUCCCCUAUGACAUCAUCGCGCGCGUGUUUGUCGAUCGAUCAUGGAAGCUGUGCGCUAAGUUGUGGAAGUGGUGACCGAAGUCGUACAUAGAAGUCUCACGAAUAAUUCGCGCUCUCUUCUUCGGCUGUUCGGAUUUGGACACCAUGAGACUCCGAAGAGCCGCGUGAUAUGAGGUAGAGGCGGCGAGUUGUGCGCAGGCGGAAAGCGUAUGAAAAAGCCCCGCGUCACUAUCGGGCUGCUCGGAUUUGAACGCCAUAAUUGUCGCGCGGUCCCUCGGAGUCUCAUGCUGUUCAAAUUUGAAGCGCCAGAGAAUAAAGUCUGGCUGUUUCAUACGAUUGCCUCACACAACUUAGCUCACAACUUCCACAACUUAGGCCAAAACCUGCCGCAGCUUGGCCCACAACCUCCACAAAUUAGCCCCCAACUUUCACAACUCAGGACGCAACUGACCCACCACAACCUAGGCCACAACUCGCCACAACCUAGGCCAGAACUUCCACAGCGACAACUUAGGACACAGCUUCCACAAGCUACGGCACAGCUUCCACAACUGAGGCCACAACUUAGGACACAACUCUCCGCAACUUAGAAGGGAAAGCGCGUAGCUUUUUCAUAGGGGCUUGGCCUGCUUUCUAGGAAAGUGCAGUCAUUUCAUCCCUUACAACUUUUCAAACCAGACCCGAAAAAAGACCACACUGGGCCACAGACCUCAGAAUCAACGCUGGUCUCUGUGCAACUCAGACAAGCAUCGACAUCAGAUCUACCACACGAGAAAGAAUCCACCGGCGAUCCACUAGACGAGAAGGAAUCUACGCCCACCAGCGACAUCACAGUACAACUACUGAGGACGGACAGAACGACGUCUCAUACUCGUGGAAACGUAGAUUGA